AUGGCUUAUAUUGAAGGUAUCUAUAGAGUUGAAGAAGGCAGCGAUAUUCCUUGCAUUCACCCAAAUCCAAAACCAAAGGGCCAUCCAACAAUGCUCAUUGGUGAUUUAAAGUUGAAUCAAUUCUUCAAAUUAUUGAAAGAAAGUGGCUUGUCAGCUGAGUUCCAACAAGGAGGUGUUCUUGUUUGCAAUGAUGAAGUCAUGUUGCAAAAGGAUAAAAAGUCUGGAGAAAUUCAAGUUUUUGGUUCUCUGAGUCCAACCUAUUUCCAAGUUAGAGAAUUGCUCUACAAGUUCUAUUCCGAACUUUAA